ACGGGAUUAUUAAAUAUUUACAGGUAUCGAAGCAAGAACACCUUCUACUAGCACCGUGGAACGGGAAGAAUACGAAAUGGCAACUACCCAGGAAAACCCACAAAAUAAUGUUUGUCCAGAGCAAUUCGUGGCCGCCCCUGACGUUGCUGAGGCGAGUGAGGUACCGCCUUCCAGUGAGUGUAAUACUCUUGAAGAAAUCGAAAAUAAAUUGUCGCUUGAAGAAAUCCAUAAUCGGUACCAUAUCUCCGAAGAAGACAAGGGGAUGGAAUCUGGUUCCAAUGACUCUCGUAUAAAACGCGGCUUCCAAGAAGACUGUACACACUGUCUAAGGUCACUCCCAAGAUGUCGGUACACACCUACAUCAUCUGAUGAUGAAGAAGAGGAAGAGGAAGUAAAUUAUGACUGGGAGCAUUAUUACGCAGACGUGGACUUAUAUGAAGAAAUAGGCUAUGUGCCCGACGAAGCGGGAGACGUAGAAAGUAAUUACACAAUUGACCUCACAUUAUCCCGUACUUCACUCGAUGAGUUGAAUUCCAAGGCGUCGACUAGUAAAGAUAAUUAGGUUGGGGAGAAAUUUGUGCCAAAAUUCAAGUCAUUAAAUAUUAUAAGUAAUCGUGAUUAAUAUUAGUAAUUUUUAACAUCACUUUAAAGGUUUUUAUUCGACUCUCAUUUUAUGAUCGAAUAAUCACCUGUAUAUAAAUUUAAUCAAAUGUGUUGUGAUGCUUUGCGAAGUAUAAUUUUUUAUUGUUUGCUAUACCACCAUUACUCUAAGCGAAAUUA